AUGGGGCUCCUGGGACGGAUACUCACCUUUCUUGCAAUAAUAGCAGCUACCUCAGCUGGACUUGCGCAAUCUUCCCCAGAUGCAAAGUCAUUAGGAAAAAGAGAAAGCGAGCCUUGCAAACUGGUGGCCGAUGCAUACAAAGAGCAAUCCAGUGAAGAUCCAGAUGGUCCAUUCCUCAUCUCUGCGCAACUCGCUCAUGCUUGUUUGACUUCCGUGCCCAUCAAUAGAGGCGACGCUUUACGAUUAGUAGACGGCCUGAUUUCAUUUUGGAAAUGGCAGAGCACAAUAGAUUACCUCAAGGAUCCCCCUUCUGGCUAUUUACUGCCGAAAACGGACCUGGUUGCCGGGUUGGAAAUCAUCCGCAAGAAGGUUUCUCGGGAGGAAUAUACAAAUGAAUACGAUUUCCAGCGCGAUCUGUCGGCCCUGGCAAAAACCACACAUGAUUCUCACUUUAGCUUGAAGCUUGACGCUGCCAGCGUUUUCCAUUUCCGCCGCUCAAAAGCGGGGCCACUUGUGUCCUUCUCAGAGAAAGGAAAUGAACCACCCAAAGUCUAUUCCUACUUUGACCUCCAAGCAAAGAACCCCGACUUUGCUCCUUCGCCGAUUCAAGAAAUUGACGGCAAAAAUGUCGUUGAAUGGCUUACGGGCCUGUCAUACGGGGGCACGACCCAAGACCCGGAUGCUCUCUACAACGAGCUGUUUUGGAGUAUCCCAGCCGAAACAAAUGGGGUGCUUGGUGGGUUCUACGCCCAAUCGGGAGUGUACACUGGAGCCUCCGUUGCCCUCAAGUUUGAAAAUGGCACCGUCAAGGAAUAUGAGAACAUGGCAUCGUUCACCACACCAUUCACAGAUGUGGUUGAUGGCAAGAGCUUUUAUGCCAAGUUCUGCUCUUCUGAACUUGGCAAGGGAUUUAAGAAAAUGAAGCGGGAUUAUAUUCUGAAAGCUGCCCCCAUAGUGGCGCCCCGGGCCGAAAAGAACAAGCGCCCCCUUUAUCCUAAACCAGUCGUUGAGAUGCAGGGUGGAGAUGUCGCGGGCUACUUCCUCCAGGAUGAUUACAGUGAUACCGCUGUUCUGUCCGCCACGUCGUUCACGGGAACAGGUUCACAGGGAAGCGUUAAAUUCCAGGAUGCUGUAACCACCUUCUUGUCCGAAUGCAAGAAAGCCGGCAAGAAGAAGUUGAUCGUGGACGUUACUCGCAACGGAGGUGGAACAAUCCUACUCGGCUACGACCUGUUCAAGCAGCUCUUGCCAAAAGUUGAGCCAGCCGACGCGUUCAACAUCCGUGCCCAUGAACAGCUCGACAUAAUCGGAACCAAAGUCCACGAUAUGCUUAACGACGGGAAGGAAACGCCGCAGGACCGUGAUGAAAGGGACGGCAUUUACGACACCGGUUCCUAUUUAAAUAUGGACAACAAAAAGUUCUCCAGCUGGGAUGAUUACUAUGGCCCGGAUACCGUUGGCAAAGACUACAAGUUUAGUAAUCUGGGACGCUGGGACUUUAACAACAGAGUAUUGAGCAUCAGGUCGUCUGGCGGAAUCGUAGUAAGCGGUUAUCUCGACCGUAAGAACAUGCGCGAGGAGUAUUUCAAAGCAGAGGACAUAGUCCUCCUUACCGAUGGCACCUGCGGAUCUACCUGCGCCAUCUUCGCCAAUCUGAUGCAGAAGGCUGGCGUCAAAACCAUCGUCGUCGGUGGACGGCCCCAAACUGGACCUAUGCAAGCUAUCGGCGGUGUUAAAGGCACACAAGUCCUUACCUACCAACGAAUCUACUACACCGCGGCCAGAGUAUUUGACAGCUAUUCCACUCCACAGGAAAAGCGUCAAUGGGCAGGCACUGAUUUGGGAGAGAUCUACCGGGUUGGGAAGUACAUCCUGGCCCGAACUGUCGACGAUGGCGAGGGCGCUCGUGUCAAUUUCCGCAACGGUAUCGACCCCAAGGAUAAGGAUCGGAUUCCCCUCCAGUUCGUCUAUGAAGCUGCUGGCUGCCGUAUCUGGACAACGCGUCCCAUGCUCAAUGAUAUCACAAAGCUCUGGGAAGCUGUUUCCGACACGACGUUCCGGGGUAAAUCAAACUGUCUUCCCGAAUCUGUCGGGAAAUCCCCAGAGAACAAGAACGAUGGCGGUGCCUUCCAUGCAUUUUCAGCAGAACCUCCAAAGAUGACGCUCUACGCGAAGAUUGAUCGCUGA